AUGUUUACUGUGAGAACUUUUCACCACCGCAAGGUGAUGUUGUAUUUAUUUUUUCUACUCGUUAUAUGUAUUAUGAUUUAUGUUUUCAUAUCUUUGGGAGCACAAAAAAACAUUUUGCCUGCUGGGCCUGCAAAAACAAACAUCAACAAAGAUAUCAAAAAGACAGAAUCACCUCUAGACGAUGAACCUGCUGAUGCACAGGAGAUCCAGGUAAGAUUGCAACCUAGAGCAUUUUUAUUUCCUCCUCAGGGACGAGUGAACAUGCACGUUUUUGAAGACUGCUGCGGUGGAUCUCUUGAUCAACUUAGGAAUAACCUGCUCUAUCCGCUAUUUCCCAAUGUGCGUACUACAGUAAGCAGGCUUGCUGUGUCCCCUCAAUGGAGCAAUUACGGUCUGAGAAUCUUUGGCUACCUCCAUCCUGAAGUAACUGAUGAAUACAUUUUUGCUGUUUCCUCUGAUGAUAACUCAGAGUUCUGGCUCAGUUUAAACGAAAGUCCAGAAAACCUUCAACGCCUCGUCUAUGUUGGUGAGACAGGAAAUGAAUGGACUGCUCCAGGCGAGUACUGGAAAUUUGCAUCCCAGAUAUCCAAACCUGUUUUGGUCUCUUUCUUUCUUAGGUUAGUGAAAGACAUGAAAUAUUUUUUUGAAAUCCUUUUAAAACAGAACAGAGGAAUGGAUCAUCUGGAAAUAGCUUGGAGUUUAAACCGUGACAAUGGCACUUUUUCUGUGAUAACCUCUGAGCUUCUGUCAUUAUAUGAAGAUGAAUCUUCUCUACAAAUGGGAGAUAUUGAUCACAUACCUCAAACGAAAGCAAGUUAUGAUAGGCUCCUUCAGCCGAUUCCCAUGCCACCCCAUUCUGCAGGAGACAUGAUCAGAGAAGACCCACGGGAUCACAUCUAUAAAUACAAAAUGCUUGAUGAAUCCAACCUGAAAGAUUUCUUUCCCGAAUGCCAUUACAGUCCAAGUUACAUACUCCGAGAACAAAUUGGACGAUAUGAGGGUGUAUAUUUGGUUAAGUUUUCUUCAGUGUACCCAAAUGACUACACAAGGCAAACUAAUGCAAACGAUGAUGAGAUGUGCUUCUACAAACAAGAUCCAUCAUUUCAGGCAGAUAAAGGACUUGCUUCUUAUCUGACUGAGGUUGAAGAUCCUGAUGUAAAAAAGAUAAAUACAGGUGAAGGUCCUUUCUGGCAGCGCGUCUAUGACGUGAAACCCCUCAGUGUUGCUUCAAAGCAAACUGCCAUUGUGGCAAAUUCCUGCAGAACAGCUGGAAACAUUGUGAUGUCCCAAAGUCAUGCCAUGCCCAUCGUUAGAGCUUUUUUAAAAGCACUGCAUUCAAGAGAAGAGACACGUGGAUACUCCCUGUUGCGUGUGGUGAAUGUUGUAAGGCGAGAAGACAAUGAUGUGGGCAGCCGUUAUCUGGUGGAACUUGAACUUGUGAGCCCACAGGGUCAGAAAGUUCUUGUUUCACGUUACGUUUAUGCUGAGGAUUCAAGAAAGCCAACAAUUCUCUGCAGUCCAAAAGCAUUCAGCUGGAACCCAUCUGCUACUGUUCAGAUUAUUGUGGCAGUGAAAGAUCAGGCCAGAUGGAUCAUACAGUUUAUCAGGGAAAUGGAAAAAGUGUACAGAGCAACUGGGGACAAAAACUUUAAUGUAAUAAUUAUAGACUACAACAGCUCUGACAUAGAUAUUGAGAAAAGACUCAAAAAGGCAGCAUUACCAAGUUACAAGUUUAAGAAGAUGGAUGGUAAUUUUCAAAGAUCAGGUGGCCUUCAAGCUGGAAUAGAUCUUGUUGAAGAUGAACACAGUAUUUUGUUCCUGUGUGACCUGCACCUCUACUAUCCUGUGAAUAUAAUAAACAGUAUACGAAAACACUGUGUUGAGGGAAAGAUGGUCUAUGCUCCGGUUGUGAUGAGACUGGAUUGUGGUGCUUCCCCAAGAGCCCCAGCUGGGUUUUGGGAGGUUGCUGGUUACGGUCUGAUGGGAAUCUACAAGUCAGACAUGGAUCGUAUUGGUGGCAUGAACACCAGAGAAUUCAAAGACAAAUGGGGGGGUGAAGACUGGGAGUUAUUAGACAGAGUCUUAGGAAAUGGGUUAGAGGUGGAACGACUCCACCUCAGACAUUUUUUCCACCAUUUUCAUUCCAAACGUGGAAUGUGGGAAAACAAGAAUCAAGGCUAA